AGAAUCCGCAUACAAGAACCGAGCCAUAACACAAGCUUGAAAUCGACGACCGCAUGUAGCACAGAGCAGGCUUUGAAUUGACUACGACGCUCGAGAUCAAGUAGCCUUUCAGGAAAACCGACCCCUUCAAGUUCAGCUUCAGCCUGUUAUCUUAUGUACAGGAUCCUGUACGUCAAAAUUUGAUGUCUGAGUGACAUCCCCCCCAACCGUCAACGUCAACUUAACCUCAUGCGUGCGACAUCUGGCUCGUUGUCCUCAUAGUAGGGAAUUUACCCGAGUUCUUAUAUAACUCGUCUUUAACUCAAAUCUACUCGUUUUCUUCAUCACUUGCACCUCAGCAAGUACCUUGUCUUGGUGUCUUGCUUGAUCUUUUUUUUUCUGUUUUGUCACCACAUUCGGUGUCAUGUCAUCCCAAACCCCACAGACAAGUGUGUCCAUAGAACGAUUUCGCCUUGAUGGAAUGAUGGUAGCAUGUGCAAUCUAUGGCGUAUACUUUCUCCUUACAGUGCAAGCCUGGAUUGCUCUCAUGCAGCGGCCUCGACAUGGGGAAAAAAUAGCAGAUCAUCGUCUCGCGCUUCUUUUCUAUGUCUUCAUCACGUUCGUAUUGGGGACGAUAAGCUCUGCUACGAACGCAAGGUAUACAGAGAUGAUUUGGAUCGAUCUUCGUGAUGCGCCUGGUGGUCCGCUCGCGCUAAUCGAGGGCUACAUGAGUUAUCGUAUCAACUUUAUAGCGCUUUCCACUGGUCACAUUCAGGAGUGGUUUAUGCAAGCUCUGCUCCUCCACCGAUGUUUUGUGAUAUGGAAUUGGGAAAGGUGGGUGAUGGUCCCAAUGAUCACACUCUAUGUUGCCAUGAUCGGUUUGUCUAUCACUGUCCUGUUCCAGGCGGGGACCGAUGGUUCAUUUUACAACAACCCCAUCGAACUUGCCUACCUCUGCGUCGAAGUCGGGCACACCGUGAUUUAUACUAUUCUCGUGACGAAUCGCUUGUUCGUCAUGCGAGGGCGCAUGAAGCAGAUUAUGGCCCAGUAUGAUUCCAGCACAUAUGGUGCCAUCGCCCUCAUGGUCAUCGAGUCUGCAGCGUUAUACUCGGUCUCCGCUAUUAUUUUUAUAGUUGCAUUUGGUAUGCGAUCUUACGGUGUUAUCACUCUAUGCUUCUUGUCUAUUGGCAAAAUUCAGGGCAUUGCCCAAUUGUUCAUCAUUAUUCGUGUUGCACGGGGACGGGCAGUUACACGCGAGUGGUCGACUCGAAGCACUGCAAUAACUACGGCUAUAGCAUUCACAGGGGCUGUAUCGGACAUUACAGAGGGAACCGACAAUGAACAAAUAGGCAAGCCAGAGCGAGGUGUCCAGUUGUAUGCCGAUUCUGAGAAGGCAGAGGAGGUUUCAGUGUUUGUAGCGUGAAAUUGGUUUGCAUAAUUGAGUUUAUAUGUACAUCGUAAUAGAUACCUGAAAUGAAUGUUAUCUGCGCCGUGGGGCCAGAUCUGGG